CAGUUCUCUAUUUGUUUUUCACACCCCUGCCAUUGGGUACUGUAAAUGCCCACAUACACACUCUACUGUGCUGUGUAGUCCCAUCUAAUGACCUUCACAACCACCAAAAAAUCUCACUUCAUCCCAUAACUUCCCCACCAAAAUCACCAAAACUCAUCUCAAGAACAUGCUCAAACCCACAUUUCCCCUUCUACUCAUCCUCUUACUCCAUACCCAUUUCACAAUUUCCCAUCAGAUUUCAGUUUCCACCCUCAAAAACUCUGAUGUCGACUCAAUUUUGAGUCCUAGGGCUUGCUCCAACACAAUCGGAGACUGCCUGGAAGAGCCGGAAUUAAUGGAGUCGGAGAUUAGCAGAAGGGUUCUGGUGAUGCAGAAAAAAUACAUAAGCUAUGAGACAUUGAAGAGAGACAUGGUUCCUUGUGAUAAACCAGGUGCGUCUUACUAUGAUUGUCAUGCUGGUCAAGCUAAUCCUUAUAGCCGAGGCUGUGAAAUGAUUACCAGGUGUAGAGGCCACUGAUCAAUAAAAUUGAAAUUAUAUUAGUGGAUUAUCUUGUUAAUUGGGUCUUUAUUUUGUAUAUUCAAGAAUCUUGGUUUAAUUUGCUAUAUAUAAUGUUGAAUUUUUUU